AUGUUGGGUCUACGUUAUAUUCAAUUACUCCUGGUUUUAGUGUGUUCUAUAUUAGCUGCCGCUAAAUCUGCUGUCGGAUCUCGUACUUUAGUUGUCUUUGAUGAUAGAGUAGAUGAUUUAUCAACCUAUUCUGAAUUUUUCAAUUUAUUAAAAGAUCAUGAAUUUGAUGUUACUACUUUAGAAUUAUCAGAUAAAUCAACAAAGAUUAACUUAUUUGAAAGAGACACCAGAUUAUAUGAUCAUUUAAUUCUAUUCCCAGUGAAAGGUAAGCAUUACUCUAAACAAUUGGCCGCUAAAAAAUUAAUACGUUUCAAUGAAGAUGGUGGUAAUGUCUUAGCUUUAACCGUUCCUCAAGUAUCAUCCGAUCCAAUACAUUUAUAUCUAAAUCAAUUAGGUAUUUAUCCUUCUCCACGUACUCAAUCAUUACAUGAUUUAUUCCAAGAUUCAACUGAUUUAUUAUUCUCUGUUGAACAAUUAGAAAAUGAAAUUGUUUAUUCUAAUUCAAAUGAAAAACAACAAGAUUCUUUCAAUUUUGGUGAAUCUGUUUCUGCUGCUUUAUUAGAUAAUCGUGAACAGAUUGUUCCAAUCUUACAAGCUUCCAAGACUUCUUUCACCAGUGGUAAUAAAUCUCGUGAAGCUAGUUGGACUGAUGGUUCUCAAGGUUAUGUCGUUGCUGGUUUCCAAAACUUAAAGAACGCUAGAUCUACUUGGAUUGGUUCUGUCCAAUUCUUAAGUAACAAACAUUUCAAACAAAAUCAAGAUUUAAUUAAUGAAUUGAUUAGUUGGACUCUGCAAGAAAAGGCUGUUAUUAAAGCUACUGAAGUCAAUCAUAGACAUUCUGGUGAUAAUCAAACCUCUUACGAUGAAUUACCUUACAAGGUCACCGAUAACGUUACAUACACUGUGUCAUUAACUCAAUGGGAUGGUCAAAAAUGGGUUCCAUACGUUUCUGAUGAUGUUCAAUUCGAAUUAAGACAAAUCGAUCCAUACUAUCGUAUCACUAUGAUUCCACAAGGUCCAUCUCCACAAGAUCCAACUUCUGAACUUUACUCUACAGGUUCUUUCAAAUUACCAAACCGUCACGGUAUGUUCACAUUUGUUACCGACUACAAGAGAUCUGGUCUUUCUUAUGUUCAUGAAGCUGAUGUUAAGGCAAUUCGUCAUUUAGCUAACGAUGAAUAUCCAAGAUCUUACGAAAUUUCAAACGCUUGGGUCUAUUUGGCUUCUAUUGCUACUGUGAUCAUUAGUUUCAUUGCUUUUGUUCUCUUUUUCAUUUCUACUCCAGCUUCUCUAAGUGAAGGUGUAUCCACUGAAAAGAAGACAAACUAA